AUGUCUGAACUCAAGCAAAGGAAGACUCCAACAGCCGAGAAGAUCGAAGGCGAAUCUUCAAAAGACAAGACUAAGCGACUUAAGAAGCAAGCUGGUCGAGAUUCUUCUGCUUUGCUGACCAUCUUUCAGGUGCUCAUCUUUUGUGUACUUUUGACACUUGCUAUCUCCCAUGUCUCCACUAGAACUCCUCUUUUUGGUGUUGAGUUACCAACACUCAAUCAAGUCUAUCGCAAGUUUGUUCCUGCGAAAGGUCGAGUCUUCAAACCAGAAGAAUUGAAGCUUUAUGAUGGAUCUGAUCCAACCAAACCCAUCUAUUUGGCAAUUGUGGGAAAGGUUUAUGAUGUCAGUGCUGGCCGAAGGCACUAUGGUCCUGACGGUUCCUAUGCAUUCUUUGCAGGACGUGACGCAGGGCGAGCCUACGUAACAGGCUGUUUCCAGACUCAUCUCACUCAUGAUAUGCGAGGUUUGAGCGAGGAACAGCUCAAGUCAUUGGAUACUUGGCAGAACUUCUACAGGGACCAUAAGGAGUACUUUUAUGUUGGUGAGAUUGAUUAUCCACCGAUUGACCCCAAUAGCCCAAUCCCGCCUCCCUGUACCGAUCCUUGA